CUUGUAGUUUUGGGAAACGCGUUUUAUCGUGGUCAGCAGGCGACAUGGAAAUGACUGAAAGGUUCUGCCAAGGUGUCAGAGUUGACAUGCCAAAUGGCUCCACCUCCAUGGCCACUGAUCCAAUGACAGAGGAGAAACUGAGAGACGACUUGAGGUUUUACUUCAUGAGCCCUUGUGAGAAGUACAGAACCCGACGACAGCUGCCAUGGAAAUUAGCAGUGCAAAUUUUUAAAAUAUUCAUGAUUACACUCCAGCUCAUACUUUUUGGACUGAAUAACCAGCUUGUGGUGUCCUAUAAAGAAGAGAACCUGAUGGCCUUUAAGAAUUUGUUUCUGAAGGGCUACAGUGGUGUGGAUGAGGAUGAAUACAGUAUUUCCAUCUACACCAAAGAGAGAGUAUUUGAUAGUUUACACUAUGUCUUAGAUCAGUAUGCACAGUUGCGAAACCUGUCUGUGGGUCCCAUUAGUUACGCCGAAGAGAAUGGAGAGUUUUCUCCCAUGAUCAUCUGUAAGAAGAGCUACAAAAGAGGCGACGUCCAACCAUCUGAGGAUGUCUAUGACAUUGAGGCCCAGCUUGAAAUAGUUUGCUUGACUCUUGAUCCAAAGUCCAUCACAACAUGGAGAAUGCACAAUGCUUCGUUUUUUGAGUUGGACUUUUAUAGGCUUGUUGAAAUUGAGAUCACGUUUGCACUCGAGGGAAUUAAUUUGCAGACAGUUCGUUCACACGAGCUGCCUGAUUGUUGCACAUUUUUUGUGAAGAUUGACUUUGAUAACAGUUGUCAUAGUGGGAAGAUGAAACUGAGUCUUGAUUUUGAUGCUGUUAGUAGCUUGUGCAAAAACUGGAGGAUUUCAGGAACUGCUCAGAAAAAUACUCUGUACCUCCUGAUUUUCGAUGGAUUUGUUAUUCUGGUGUGCCUUAUUUCUGCCGUUCUCUGCACUCGCUCCAUUAUACUUGCUGUGAGGUUACUUCAGCGAUUCUCCAGCUUCUGUCUUGACAAUUAUAAUCAUAAAGUGUGUGAAGAGGAUCAGAGGGAGUUUUUGAAUGGCUGGUAUGUUUUGGUGAUCAUCAGCGACGUGAUGGCCAUCAUCGGAUCCAUACUGAAGAUGGAAAUACAAGCUAAGAGUCUGACCAACUAUGACGUCUGCAGUAUCUUACUGGGAACGUCUACUCUCAUGGUUUGGGUUGGCGUUAUUCGAUACCUGGGAUACUUCGAAAAAUAUAAUGUGCUCAUCCUCACCAUGAGAGCUGCUUUACCGAAAGUGCUGCGCUUCUGUUGCUGUGCCGGGAUGAUCUAUCUGGGCUACACCUUCUGUGGCUGGAUCGUCCUCGGACCCUACCAUGAGAAGUUUGAGGAUCUGAGUCGAGUGGCCGAGUGCCUCUUCUCUCUGGUCAAUGGAGACGACAUGUUUGCCACAUUUGCCCAGUUUGAGCAGAAGAACACGAUGGUGUGGCUGUUCAGCAGAGUGUAUCUGUACUCCUUCAUCUCGCUCUUCAUCUACAUGGUGCUCAGUCUCUUCAUCGCUCUCAUCACUGAUGCAUACGAGACCAUCAAGGGUUACCAGACAACAGGCUUCCCCAUGACAGAACUGCAUUGGUUUCUGAAAGGCCAGAAGGAGCGUUUCCCCCUUCAGGGCCAGGAGGAGAUGGAGCCAGAGAUGGUCCAGCCUUCGGGCCUGCUGUGCUGCUGCCAAAGGAUUUCCAAAGACGACACCAUUGUCCUCAUCAGCUGACCGCUGCCACUGAUUAAGCAUUAAAUCUACUGAAAACUGCUGUGGAUUUGCAGCUUAAUAAUGGAAAGAUUGUGUGUAACAUGUUUACUGCUCCAUGCAAAGUACUUGGUUCAUGCGCUACACAGGAAGCAAGAGCUCAGUGAACAUGCCAAUUUCAUUAGAAACCGGUAAAACCUGCAUUAGCAAGCAGAUAAAUGCCAAACAUCUUUUAAAGUGCACUGCAAUCCAAUUACAAGAAACAAAUGAAGCGCUUUGUGGGUCAAAUGCCACGUGCAUAUGAAGUCUGAUGUCCAAUCUGUAAAAUGAUGCCUGUUAAAUGUCCUAAACUGGAGG